AAAGACACAUGUGGAAUGGGUGGUGCGAACUGUAGCGCUGGUUAAGUGCCGUCCUUCACUUUUUAAGUCGGCAGUUUGUGGACAUCCGACAUGGGCGAAAGGCGCGGUGCAGAGAAGAGGAAGAAGCACUGGGAUUUAGAUGAGCUGAAGAAGGAGGUGGACUUGGAUGACCACAAAAUCUCAGCAGAUGACCUGUGCAGGCGAUAUGGAUUGGACCUUGCGAAGGGCCUCACCAAUGCCAAGGCGGCUGAAGUUCUAGCGAGGGACGGGCGAAAUGCCCUGACGCGGCCGCCAACCAUGCCCGAGUGGGUCAAGUUCUGCCGCCAGCUGUUUGGCGGCUUCUCCAUCCUACUGUGGAUCGGCGCCGUCCUCUGCUUCCUGGCAUACAGCUUCCAGGUGGCCGGCGAGGACGAGCCGACCAAUGACAACCUAUACCUGGGCGUGGCGCUGGCCGCUGUGGUCAUCAUUACCAGCUGUUUCUCGUACUAUCAAGAGGCCAAAAGCUCGCGGAUCAUGGACUCCUUCAAGAAGAUGGUGCCUCAACGAGCCAUGGUGAUCCGGGAAGGGGAAAAGGUGCAGAUUGACGCCAAGCUGGUGGUACAGGGAGAUCUGGUGGAAAUCAAAGGCGGAGAUCGCAUCCCGGCCGACCUGCGAGUCGUCUUCGCCAGCGGAUGUAAGGUGGACAACUCAUCUUUGACCGGCGAGUCUUCGCCGCAGACGCGCUCUCCCGACUUCACGCACGACAACCCCCUGGAGACCUCCAACAUCUGCUUCUUCUCCACCAACUGCGUGGAGGGCACGGCCCGCGGCGUGGUGAUCGCUACCGGGGACCGUACGGUGAUGGGCCGUAUCGCCACACUGGCGUCGGCGCUGGAGGUGCGGCGCACGCCCAUCAGCAUCGAAAUCAAGCACUUAAUCCACAUCAUCACGGGUGUGGCUGUCUUCCUGGGCGUCACUUUCUUUGUGCUCUCCUUAAUCCUGGGCUAUGCUUGGCUGGAGGCUGUCAUCUUCCUCAUCACCGUCAUCGUGGCCAACGUGCCCGAAGGGCUCUUGGCCACCAUCACUGUGUGCCUCACCCUGACGGCCAAGCGCAUGGCCAAGAAGAACUGCCUGGUGAAGAACCUUGAGGCCGUGGAGACCCUGGGCUCCACCUCCACCAUCUGCUCGGACAAGACAGGCAUGCUGACGCAGAACCGCAUGACCGUCGCCCACAUGUGGUUCGACAACGAGAUCCAUGAGGCCGACACCACCGAGGACCAGAGCGGUUCGUGUUUUGACAAGAGUUCUGCGACAUGGGCAGCGUUGUCCCGCGUGGCUGCCCUGUGCAACCGAGCCGACUUCAGAGCCGGACAGGAGGAAGUCGCCAUCUUGAAGCGAGAGACGGCGGGUGACGCAUCUGAAUCGGCGCUGCUAAAGUUUAUCGAGCUUUGUUGCGGCAAUGUUGAAAAGAUGCGAAGCCUCAACGGCAAAGUGGCUGAGAUCCCGUUCAAUUCCACCAACAAGUACCAGCUCUCCAUCCAUAAAGCAGAAGACAGUCCUUCCGGUCAUAUUCUGGUCAUGAAGGGAGCGCCGGAGAGAAUCCUGGACAGGUGCAGCAGCAUCAUGAUCCACGGCCAGGAGCAGACCAUAGACGACAAAUGGCGGGACGCCUUCCAGAACGCCAACAUGGAGCUGGGCCGGCUGGGAGAAAGAGUACUUGGCUUCUGCCACCUGAACCUUCCGCCGUCUCAGUUCCCCCGAGGGUUCGCCUUCGACUGCGACAACUUGAACUUCCCCACCGAGCAGCUCUGCUUCCUGGGCCUUAUCUCCAUGAUUGAUCCACCGCGCGCCGACGUACCCGACGCUGUGGGUAAAUGCCGCUCGGCUGGCAUCAAGGUGAUCAUGGUCACCGGCGACCACCCAAUCACGGCCAAGGCCAUCGCCAAGGAGGUGGGCAUCAUCUCCAAGGGGAGCGAGACGGUAGAGGACAUCGCUGAGCGCCUCAACAUCCCGCUCAACCAAGUGAACCCCAGGGACGCCAAGGCCUGCGUGGUUCACGGUUCGGACCUGAAGCACAUGAGCUCAGAGUACCUUGAUGACGUGCUGAAAAACCACACCGAGAUCGUGUUCGCUCGCACUUCGCCCCAGCAGAAGCUCAUCAUUGUGGAGGGAUGCCAGAGACAGGGGGCCAUUGUGGCCGUGACGGGUGAUGGCGUCAACGACUCGCCAGCCCUGAAAAAAGCCGACAUUGGCGUCGCCAUGGGGAUCGCCGGCUCAGAUGUGUCCAAGCAGGCGGCUGACAUGAUCUUGCUGGACGACAACUUUGCCUCCAUUGUCACCGGCGUAGAGGAGGGGCGGCUCAUCUUCGACAACCUGAAGAAGUCCAUCGCGUACACGCUGACCAGCAACAUCCCCGAGAUCUCGCCCUUCCUGCUCUGUAUCCUCGCUGACGUUCCCCUUCCGCUGGGAAUCGUCACUAUCCUCUGCAUCGACUUGGGCACGGACAUGGUUCCUGCCAUCUCAUUGGCCUACGAGACAGCAGAGAGCGACAUUAUGAAACGGCAGCCCAGGAACCCCAAAACGGACAAGCUGGUCAAUGAGCGACUCAUCAGCAUGGCCUACGGACAGAUAGGUAUGAUUCAGGCUCUGGGCGGCUUUUUCACCUACUUUUUCAUCUUGGCUGAGAAUGGCUUCCUGCCGGUGAUGCUGCUUGGCAUCCGCAUCAACUGGGAUGACCGCAUGGUCAAUGACUUGGAGGAUGUCUAUGGGCAGCAGUGGACGUAUGAGCAGAGAAAGAUUGUGGAGUUCAUGUGCCACACGGGCUUCUUCAUCAGCAUUGUGGUGAUGCAGUGGGCCAACCUCAUCAUCUGCAAGACCAGAAGGAACUCGCUCUUCCAGCAGGGCAUGAAGAACAAGAUCCUGAUCUUGGGCCUGUUCGUUGCGACGGCCCUGGCCGCAUUCCUCUCUUACUGCCCCGGAGUGAACAUGGCCCUGCGCAUGUACCCGCUCCCGAUCGGCUGGUGGUUCUGCGCCUUCCCAUACAGUCUUCUGAUCUUCGUCUACGAUGAAAUUCGUAAAUUAAUUCUGCGGAGGAACCCCGGAGGCUGGGUGGAGCAGGAGACGUACUAUUAACAUGUACUAGACGUCAGCGUCAAAGCCGAAGCGUGUGCGUGCGCGCGCGAGUGUGUGAGCGAGUGUGUUUGUAUGUCUAACAAUAUUUGCAUGGAUCAGAUGACAAAUAUGAUUAGCCUGAAAGGAUCAGAUGGUAAUAAUGGGAAUAUAGGAUUUUGAUGAUGUUUGUACAAAAAAAUGGGACUUCACAAUGUCUUGGCUACACUGGGUUGGGUUGUAUCAAUGUAUCAUGUUCGGUUUGGCUGGGAACUGGUGGCCAAACAAAACAAAUUACACCUAACUUGGGGCAGACUUUAUACACACAUUUGAUUUGUUGUUACCUUCAAUCCAUCCUACCUUCGUAUAUCACUCCUUCCUUGAUCCUGCUACCUUCCUUUACUUCAUUUUAUACGUCCCAUUUCCUUUGUUCCUUACCCUCUUCAUCCUCAAUUAGGUCCUUCGUUUCAAACCAUCCUUGUUUGCUCUUUUCCCUCACCCUUCCUUCAUCCACCUUUUCUCAUUUCAUUCAUACAUCUCCUUUCCUGCCUUCCUUUCUUCCGUACAAACUCAUCCCUUCUAUUCUGCAUUCCGCUGUUCUGACUGCUUUCCUCACAACCACCAUCCUUGCUUCCCCCUUUUCCUUACUUGCCUCCGUCAUUCUUCCUUUAAACAUCUUUCCUCCCUUCCCAACAUCUUUGUUUCAUUACUUCAUGACAACAAAUGAAAGGAAUGGAAUGUUCAAAACAACACCAUUGGGCUACACUGAAGAGAAAAACGAUUUUGAUACUUGGGAAUGAAGUUGUAUCUUAAGUUUU